AUGCUUACGCCAGAACAGAUCCUUAUGCGAAAAAUAAAAAAACGUGAGAAAAGGAAAUUGUAUUUGAUAAACAAAAAAGCAAACGAAGUUUCUCACGAGGAACCAGAGAAAAAGAAGAAAUUUACACAGGAAGUGAAGGCUGAACCACAACCAUUGAAAGAAGAAAGUGACAAUUCAGAAAAUGGGUCUGAAAACGAAAGCAAUGAAUUGGAAAAUUAUUCUAAGACCAAUGUCAAUGAAAGUCAGUUACCUGGUCCUAGCUUAUGUCUUGAGAAUCUAUCCGAUCAAAGUUUUUCAUCAUUAGAAGGCAAGGUCUCUGAAUUAACUUUGAAGGGUAUAAAAGACUCGGGAUUUACCACCAUGACAGAAAUUCAGGCAAAAGCAAUCCCACAACUGCUUGCGGACAAAAGCCUUGUGGCAUCAGCUAAAACUGGAUCAGGAAAAACUUUGGCUUUUCUGAUUCCAGUCAUUGAAUUGAUUCACAGAGUUGAAUAUAAAGCAAGAAAUGGUACUGGUGCUAUCAUUCUGACACCAACAAGAGAGUUAGCCAUGCAAACAUAUGGAGUGUUAACGCAGUUGAUGAAAUAUCAUAAUCAGACAUAUGGCUUGGUAAUGGGUGGUGCUAAAAAAAGUACAGAGGCCAAGAAGUUAUUUAAUGGUAUAAAUAUUCUAGUAGCAACACCUGGACGGUUGUUAGAUCAUUUACAAAACACACCAGACUUUAUAUAUAAAUGUGUGUCAUGCCUUGUCAUUGAUGAGGUUGAUCGGAUGUUGGAAAUGGGUUUUGAAGAAGAAGUUAAGCAGAUUGUCAAGUUGUUGCCAAAAUACCGUCAGACAAUGAUGUUUAGUGCCACAUGGACAAAGAAAGCCGACGCUCUGGCUGCCCUGGCUUCACCAUUUAAACCAAUGUAUAUAGGUGUGGAUGAUCACAAGGAACAGGCCACUGUUGAUUCUCUACAGCAAGGCUUCCUCUUGGUUCCAUCAGAAAAACGUUUGUUGGUUCUAUUCACAUUUCUCAAGAGUUACACCAGGAGAAAGGUGAUGGUAUUCUUCUCUACAUGUAUGUCAGUAAAAUAUCACGAUGAACUCUUCAACUAUAUUGAUCUACCUGUUAUGUCUAUACACGGAAAGCAAGAACAGUCACAACGUACAAGAACGUUGUUCAAGUUCUGCAAUGCCGAAAGUGGUGUAUUGUUAUGUACAGAUGUAGCUGCUAGAGGUCUAGACAUACCUGCAGUUGACUGGAUUAUUCAAUAUGACCCUCCAGAUGAUCCCAAGGAAUAUAUCCAUCGUGUCGGCAGAACUGCAAGAGGCCUUGGAACCAGUGGACAGGCGCUAUUAUUUUUACGCCCCGAAGAGUAUGGUUUUCUCAGGCAUUUGAAGCAGUUGAGGGUAAUGCUUAAAAAGUAUACGUUCCUUCCGACAAAAGUUGCUGAUAUACAACUACCGCUCGAGAAAUUAUUAUCCAGAAACUACUAUCUAAAGCAAUCUGCGACAGAAGCGUUUCAAAGUUACUUGCGAGCAUACGACUCGCAUCGUCUCAAAACAAUAUUCGACUUCAAUACCAUCGAUAUGAAGAAAGUGGCAAAGUCCUUUGGCUUUAAAGUACCACCAGCUAUCGAACUAAAGGGGCAGCCUCACAAAAGGAAAAGUGGGAAAAAUAAAAUAUACAGACAAAAGGGCAACAACGAAAAAUCUGUCAGUUGA